AUGGCGAUGCAACCGAGAAUCAACUAUCAGUUGGCUGCGGCUAUUCGAUUGGGUAAGACUGCCAGGUCCAAAAGGUAUUCUGUGGAUUCAUCGACCAAAGUGUAUAAUUCUAUGCGGAAUCAGGAUCGGCCAGACACUGCUUUUACCACUCAUCGGGCUAAAAAGACAGGAAAAGCCAAUGCUUGCAGCGGUAGAAUUUUUGUUACAGUGUCUGCUGACCACUUUGGACCUAUUCCACCAGAAAAUGAUCCCAUUAGAAACCGAGGUGUUUUGGUUGGUGACGCGUGGCAUGACAGAAUGGACUGUCGGCAGUGGGGUGCUCAUUUUCCUCACGUUGCUGGUAUUGCUGGACAGGGUAGUUAUGGUGCCCAAUCUGUUGUCCUCUCUGGUGGGUACGAGGAUGAUGAGGACCAUGGUGACUGGUUCCUUUACACUGGCAGUGGUGGGAGGGAUCUAAGUGGAAACAAACGCACCAGUAAGGUUCAAUCCUUUGACCAGCAGUUUGAAACCUUUAAUGAGGCCUUGAGAGUAAGUUGCUUAAAGGGUUAUCCUGUUAGGGUUAUCAGGUCACAUAAGGAAAGGCGUUCCUCUUAUGCACCCCAAAGUGGGUUGCGUUAUGAUGGGGUUUAUAGAAUAGAGAAAUGCUGGCGUAAAGUUGGAAUACAAGGCUUCAAGGUCUGUAGGUAUUUGUUUGUGAGAUGUGACAAUGAGCCAGCACCGUGGACAAGUGAUGAAUGUGGAGACGGCCCAUGCGAGCUGCUGCCAAUGGUUGAUGAGGUGGAGGACGCAACUGAUAUAACUGAAAGGAGGGACAAACCAUCGUGGGAUUAUGAUGAAGUUCAGAACUGCUGGCUGUGGAAGAAGCCUCCCCCAGAAAGCAGGAAACCAAUUGACAUUGGAUCUGGAGAAGGAACAUCAUCCAGAGGCAAACGGAAAGCAAAAAAGGCGUCUGUGCAAAAAAAGCUAUUGAAAGAGUUUGGUUGCCAAUUAUGCCGCAAGGUGUUGUCUUUCCCUCUUACUACACCCUGUGCUCACAACUUCUGCAAAGCCUGUUUGGAGCUUGCCUUUAAAGACCAAAGUUUCAUCAGGAAUAGGGCAUCUGGCGGUCGCUCACUAAGGGUACAAAAGACUGUUAUGAAAUGUCCAUCAUGUUCAAGUAACAUUGCUGAUUUUCUUCAGAAUCCACAGGUUAACAGAGAAAUGCUGGCUGUCAUAGAGUCUUUACAACGCCAGACUGAAGAAGCUAAUUCUGAAGAGUUAAAUGAUAACAAUGAUGAAAAUCUGGUUGAUGAUGAUGAUGCAUCGGAUGUUUCUCUGGAUGAUGCAUCGGAUGUUUCUCUGGAUGAUGCAUCAGAUGUCUCUCUGGAUGAUGCAACAGAGGUUUCAAAACCUUCUGAUUCUAUUGAUAAGGUUCUGGAGGAACUUAAGGACAAUGAUCUGAAUCAGCAGUAUAAGCGAAGGAAGGAGUGA